UCAAUAAAUAAAAAUAAUCACAAAGAGUGAAACAGACUUGUGCACACAAAGAAAUGCGUGCACAAAAUGAAGAAGCGGUUCGAGCAAUCAUAAUACACGAGCUCCUGCUCGCGCACGAUGAGCACGAUUGAAAAAUUACCGGAAGCGCGGGGAGGAAACACCAUCGAUCGGUGCGAACCUAUACUUGCAAAAUGGCAUCUGCGGAUAAACAUUCCUAUUAAAGGGCUACCGCUUUUCACCGGGAGAUAGCAGCAUCGCCGUGCGAUUAUUGAUCGCACAGCGAAAACUGCGGGGAUCAACCUCACGGAUAUUUGACCAUUACCGCCAAAUUCACCGUGACACGUGAAGGGACUGCGGCUUUGACUGCACCUCUUCGAGCUACCACGAGAAACAACGAACAAUUUCUCACUCGUGAAUUAGCGCGGCAAGUGUCGGGUUGUCCUCACUUGCGACAAAUAUAUCCGCGCACAGGAUAGGAUGUCGAUCGUUAAACGCAUCGGUCGCAAAGUGUCGCGGACGCCAUUAUUUAUGGUUAUGGCAAUUCGAGCGUAACGUACUUCACGCGCGACGAACACGCGAUUCCGCAGGAUCUUGCAGAAAUGCGUGUUAGCGCCGUUUAGGACACAUGUCGCGUGGAGUCACGCUUCUAUCUUUGUAGACGUCGAACGUGGCGAGGUCUAUUCCGCGGUAGGAACCUCGUCGUCCAGCCACUCGCAGCCAGCAACAGUCGCAGCGUUGGCGUCGCUACCAACGCCGACACCGAUGCCGAACCCGGUAGCGGUGUCCGCGUUCGUGGCAACGCCGACAUCGCUGCAUGCGUCCUCUCCCGCUGCCGCCGCCGCCGCUGCUGCUGCUGCUGCUGCUAGUGGCGGCAGAUACGACGCGAGAACAACGACCGGAGGAGUGGGACACGAAGUGAACGUGCUGCCAGCGGACGCUCAAGAUCUGCCUAGUACACGUGCGAACAUAGGCUCGACGGCGGCUGUUCGAUCGGAGAAAGAUCAGUCCGCCAGAGGUGGAAGAAACCGUUGGAAAGCAGUCAGCCGUGUAUUCCGACACCUUAUGCUCAUCAUGCUGUUGCUGGCUGCCCUUAGCGGUGUCCUGGCCGUGCUCGUGAUCUACAUGGGCCCAAUCUACCUGGUGCAGCUGCUCGUGGUGGUCUCGGUCGCGUACUUCGUCGCCGGUGGCCGCCUAAGAUGGUUUUACGUUGCCUUCAGGACAUUACCGCGUGAUUUCAAAGGAGUUAUAGGAUAUUUAAGAAUGCUAUGGUUAAUACGUGGUCAUAGCAGAAAAAACAGAAAUGUUGCUGAUAUAUUUAGGCAGUACGUCAAUCGUCAUCCUAACAAGGCGUGUUUCAUAUUUGAAGAUCAGGAAUGGAGCUUUCAACAGGUGGAGGACUUUAGUAACAAAAUCGCGACGAUAUUCAAAAUGCACGGUUAUAAAAAAGGAGAUGCGGUUGCAUUAUUAUUGGACAAUCGGCCGGAAUUUGUCGCCAUUUGGCUAGGUUUGAGCAAACUUGGUGUAAUAACGUCUUUAAUUAAUACGAACCUACGUAAAAACAGCCUUUUGCACAGUAUCAAUAUUGCACGAUGUCAGGCGCUUAUAUAUGGCGCGGAAUUUUUCGACGCUGUGGCGGACAUUGCCUCUUCAUUGGAUGUUAAACUGGCAUUAUACAGGUUCGGGAAUCACCCGAAUGCGAUGUCAGUUGGAUUGAAGGAGAAAGAUUUAAACACCAUCUUGAUAGAUGUGUCCGCGACACCACCAACGAUACAGGAAAAGAGUGGUUACAACAAUGAAUUGUUAUAUAUUUACACCAGUGGUACUACAGGUCUUCCCAAAGCGGCCGUUAUUACUAGCGCAAGAUAUAUAUUUAUUGCUAGCAGCGUACAUGUUUUUGGAAUGUUACGGAACUCUGAUAGAAUAUACACAGCCUUGCCGAUGUACCAUACCGCUGGAGGAGUGAUGGCAAUAGGUCAGGCUUUGUUACAUGGACAUACAACAGUUAUUAGGAAGAAGUUUUCAGCUAGUUCGUAUUUCAGCGACUGUAUCAAGUACAAAUGCACUGUUGCUCAAUAUAUAGGAGAAAUGUGUCGAUACAUAUUGGCAGUACCACCUAAGAAAGAGGACAAGGAGCAUAAUAUUAAAUUAAUUGUUGGCAACGGACUGAGACCGCAGAUAUGGAGUGAAUUUGUAGAGCGAUUUAAUAUACCACGAGUCCUUGAAUUUUAUGGCGCAACCGAGGGUAAUGCUAAUAUCAUGAACGUUGACAACAAGGUGGGGGCAAUAGGCUUUAUGUCAAGAAUUAUUCCAUCGGUCUAUCCCAUAUCAGUCAUUAAAGUAGAUGCAGAUGGAGAACCUAUACGCAAUUCUAAAGGACUGUGUCAGAUCUGUGAACCAAAUGAACCUGGUGUAUUUAUUGGUAAAAUCCUACCAAAUAAUCCGACAAGAGCAUUUUUAGGAUAUGUGGAUCGAAGCGCAUCUGAGAAAAAAAUAGUUCGCGAUGUUUUUUCAAAAGGCGAUUCUGCUUUCCUAUCAGGAGACAUCGUUGUUGGCGACGAAUUCGGAUAUUUGUACUUCAAAGACAGAACAGGAGACACAUUCAGAUGGAAAGGAGAGAAUGUAUCAACUUCCGAAAUUGAAGGAAUAGUCAGCAAUCUCAUCAAUUAUCGAGACUGUAUAAUAUAUGGUGUCGAGAUUCGAGGUGCUGAAGGUAGAGCGGGAAUGGCUGCAAUUUAUGAUGAAAAUGGAACAUUGGAUGUAAAUAAAUUAGCCUCUGACAUUAAAGAACAAUUACCCACCUAUUCCAGGCCACAAUUUGUUAGGAUUCUGACAAAAAUUGAUCUCACAGGAACAUUCAAACUGAAGAAAAAGGACCUCCAAGAAGAAGGAUACAAUCCAUAUAAAAUUCAAGACAAAUUAUAUUAUUUAGAUCCAAAGCUUGGUUAUCUCUCACUAACAUCAGAGAUUUAUGACCAAAUUCAACAAGGGAGAAUCAAGUUUUAA